UCAUCACCGUUGAACGUUCCUCUGUAUGAUGAAUUUUGAAAAACAUCAAUCCUAAUCAACCAAGUUAAUUAGACAAAAAGAAUUUAAUUUACAACAAAUAAUUUGAAAACUUUUAUCAAACUUUUAUCAGUAUCAAGAAAAUAAAAAAAAAAGUGUGAAAAAAUUAAUGUAAUUUCUCGUUUUUUGUUCUAUAAAAUAAACAACUAAAAACAUUAUUUAAGACCACGUCAUAAUUUAAAUUAUAUUUUUGAAUGUACAGAGUAUGUCAACCUGAGUUUUUAUCAUGAUGAUUUUAUCGCAACGAUCGUUAUCAACAUACAAAGAUUCUGACAAUAUGUGGAAAAUUUUGAUCCUGUUACUGUGCACAAUAGCAGGUAUAACGUCAGGCAAUAAUUUUGAUGUUCAAACAAAUAAUAUUUAUUCACCAUCGAUUAAUCGAGAAAAAGAUGGACAAGAUUUUGAUGGAAUUAGACGAUUUGCUUGUCCUUAUGGUUUUUUUCGAUUAAAAAGAAAUUGUUAUCAUCUAAGUGCAAAAAUUGCAAGAUGGAUAGAUGCAUAUCAUGAUUGUCGUGAUAAAAAUUCAACUCUUGCUGUACUUGAUAAAAAAGGAAAAGAUAGACAACUUCGAAAAUAUUUAAUGAGCGAACAAUUUACCAAACUUGAAAGAUGGAUUGGUGGUAUUUAUAAUUGGCUUCAAAUGUCAUGGAAAUGGGGUGAAACUGGUGAAAAAAUUGAAUUUGAAAAUUUUUCACGACUAAAUAAUUCUGAGUUAAAUAAUAAUCCUAAAGAAUAUGCAUGGCAUUGUAUUGUUCUUGAUCCAACUGACAAAUACAAAUGGAAUCCAAGAAUUUGUCUUCAACAAAAACACUACAUAUGUGAAGUACCAGCUGGACGUAUUGGAAGAAGAAGAAAAAAAACAAUUGAACAGGAUCAAGCGCCACUAAAUCAAAAAUUAAAACAAAAAAAAAAAUCAAAUAAAAAGUAUGGAAAGAAUAAUCAACAACAAAAUGAUAAUCCAUUGAAAAAUAAAGAAUUUUUAGCGAAGAAAGAUAAUGCAAAUGGAAAAUCAAAUCAUGGUGUUAAUUCAAGAUCAAGACCUUUAUCACAAAAGAAAUCAUUAACUGAGAGAAAACGUAUGGGUACUCGUCAUCAACCAAAUCGAAGAAUACAUCAAAAUAAAAAUCCAAUACCACAAAAUGUCAAACAACCAGUUUUUAAAACAUUCACUGGUGAUGCAUCAAAAAAAGGACAACCUUGGCAACUUGCUGAUGAAAAUAAACUUCAACAAUUCCAAGCACAUAUUAAUGAUUUUACACGAGAAGAAAUUUUAUUAAAAAUAUAAUUAAUUUAAAAAAAAAAAA